AUGUCCCCACUACCAGCGGCUCCAUGGACAGAAGUCAGCGCUGACUUCGGACACCUCCAAAAUGGGAAAUACCUACUUGUCGUCACAGACGAGUACUCACGUUACGUUGUUGUUGACAUCCUAGACUCCAUCUCAACGACAUCAGUGAUACCCCGCCUGGACAAAAUAUUUGCGGAGUUUGGGGUACCAGUAUCCCUCAAAACGGACAAUGGCCCACCAUUCAACAGCAGCGAUUUCAAAGACUACGCCUCCAUCACCGGAUUCAAACACAGGAAGAUAACACCCCUGUGGCCCCAGGCCAAUGCUGAAACAGGACGCUUUAUGCGCACUGUAAAAAAGUCCAUCAAGGCUGCCCUAAUUAAAGGCCGAAGCUGGAAGCAGGAAUUAUUCAAAUUCCUACUGGACUAUCGAACAACGCCACACUGCACCACAGGUGUACCCCCGGCCUCAGUCCUAUUUGUCUGGACCAUAAAAAACCGCCUGCCACACUCGAUCACACCCAUAGCUGGAGACCCCAGCAUCAGGGAGCGUGACACACAAGCCAAGACAACUAUGAAACGACACGCUGACAGGAAAACCUACGUGAAACCCAAUGAUCUCAGAGUGGGUGACACAGUCAUUAUAAAAAACGACCACACCUCAAAGGCUCUCACACCCUACCAACCUAACCUAAUGACUGUGACAAAGAAAAAGGGAUCCAUGAUAACUGCCACACAUGAGGAAUUACCAAGCUGCGAUCUUUCACGACUGUCAUACCAAGGACGAACAGAGUACACGAGCGCCGUCUGCGUCGAUUCUCUCUCUUCUCAAGCGCCGACGCGCUCUUUACAUAAGGGCAGACAUCUGGGGAUCGACUGGACCUCGAACAUCGCUGUUUCAUUCAGCCUACCUCCGAGCUGUCGCCUUGAAACCUGA